AUGAUCAGACGACCUUUAACAGAAAUCACACUGAAAUUAGAUGAUCUACAGGAAUAUGAAUCUUUUCGGAGAGACCAAGGAAACAACUCAUCAUCAACUAGUGAAAUGCAGGAAGACAUUCCAAAACCGUUAGAUGUAGUGAAAACUAUUGAAGAUAUUCAUAACAGAAUUGGAUAUGCUCCUAAGAAAAAGCUUGGUGGUCCUAGUACUGUGUAA